CGGGAGCACCGGCGCUGGUUGCCCGGGCCGCGAGCGCAGCGGAGCUGUCAGCGGGCGGACGGGCAGCGGGUGAGGGAGCGGCGAGCCGAGCGCACAGCAGUCGCGGCCCGGGAGCCUGCGCUGCCGCCGCACCCCGGGAAGGCUGCCUUGCCGCCGGCCCGCCGACCGCGGUGGGACGAAGAUGUUCUUCCGCGCCCGGGGGCCAGUACGGGGUAGGGGCCGGGGGCGGCCGGCGGAGGCUCCCCGGCGCGGGCGCUCGCCGCCCUGGAGCCCCGCCUGGAUUUGCUGUUGGGCGCUCGCCGGCUGCCAGGCGGCCUGGGCUGGGGACCUGCCCUCUACCUCCAGCCACCCGCUUCCUCCUUGCCAGGAGAAAGAUUAUCACUUUGAAUAUACGGAAUGUGAUAGCAGUGGCUCCAGGUGGAGAGUUGCCAUUCCAAAUUCUGCAGUGGACUGCUCUGGCCUGCCUGACCCAGUGAGAGGCAAAGAAUGCACUUUCUCCUGUGCUUCUGGAGAGUAUCUAGAAAUGAAGAACCAGGUAUGCAGUAAGUGUGGUGAAGGCACCUAUUCCUUGGGCAGUGGCAUCAAAUUUGAUGAAUGGGAUGAAUUGCCGGCAGGAUUUUCUAACAUCGCAACAUUCAUGGACACUGUGGUGGGCCCUUCUGACAGCAGGCCAGACGGCUGUAACAACUCUUCUUGGAUCCCUCGUGGAAACUACAUAGAAUCUAAUCGUGAUGACUGCACGGUGUCUUUGAUCUAUGCUGUGCACCUUAAGAAGUCAGGCUAUGUCUUCUUUGAGUACCAGUAUGUCGACAACAACAUCUUCUUUGAGUUCUUUAUUCAAAAUGAUCAGUGCCAGGAGAUGGACACCACCACUGACAAGUGGGUAAAACUUACAGACAAUGGAGAAUGGGGCUCUCAUUCUGUAAUGCUGAAAUCAGGCACAAACAUACUCUACUGGAGAACUACAGGCAUCCUUAUGGGUUCUAAGGCGGUCAAGCCUGUGCUGGUAAAAAAUAUCACAAUUGAAGGGGUGGCAUACACAUCAGAAUGUUUUCCUUGCAAGCCAGGCACAUUCAGCAACAAACCAGGUUCAUUCAACUGCCAGGUGUGUCCCAGAAACACCUAUUCUGAGAAAGGAGCCAAAGAAUGUAUAAGGUGUAAAGACGACUCUCAAUUUUCAGAGGAAGGAUCCAGUGAGUGUACAGAGCGCCCUCCCUGUACCACAAAAGACUAUUUCCAGAUCCAUACUCCAUGUGAUGAAGAAGGAAAGACACAGAUAAUGUACAAGUGGAUAGAGCCCAAAAUCUGCCGGGAGGAUCUCACAGAUGCUAUUAGAUUGCCCCCUUCUGGAGAGAAGAAGGAUUGUCCACCUUGCAACCCUGGAUUUUAUAACAAUGGAUCAUCUUCUUGCCAUCCCUGUCCUCCUGGAACAUUUUCAGAUGGAACCAAAGAAUGUAGGCCAUGUCCAGCAGGAACGGAGCCUGCACUUGGCUUUGAAUAUAAAUGGUGGAAUGUCCUUCCUGGCAACAUGAAAACUUCCUGCUUCAAUGUUGGGAAUUCAAAGUGCGAUGGAAUGAAUGGUUGGGAGGUGGCUGGAGACCAUAUCCAGAGUGGGGCUGGAGGUUCUGACAAUGAUUACCUGAUCUUAAACUUGCAUAUCCCAGGAUUUAAACCACCAACAUCUAUGACUGGAGCCACGGGUUCUGAACUAGGAAGAAUAACAUUUGUCUUUGAGACCCUCUGUUCAGCGGACUGUGUUUUGUACUUCAUGGUGGAUAUUAAUAGAAAAAGUACGAAUGUGGUAGAAUCAUGGGGUGGAACCAAAGAAAAACAAGCUUACACCCAUAUCAUCUUCAAGAAUGCAACUUUUACAUUUACGUGGGCAUUCCAGAGAACUAAUCAGGGUCAAGAUAAUAGACGGUUCAUCAAUGACAUGGUGAAGAUUUAUUCUAUCACAGCCACUAAUGCAGUUGAUGGGGUGGCGUCCUCAUGCCGUGCCUGUGCCCUCGGUUCUGAACAGUCGGGUUCAUCGUGUGUCCCCUGCCCUCCAGGCCACUACAUUGAGAAAGAAACCAACCAGUGCAAGGAAUGUCCACCUGACACCUACCUGUCCAUACAUCAGGUCUAUGGCAAAGAGGCUUGUAUUCCAUGUGGGCCUGGGAGUAAAAACAAUCAGGACCAUUCGGUUUGCUAUAGUGACUGCUUUUUCUACCACGAAAAAGAAAAUCAGAGUUUGCACUAUGACUUCAGCAACCUCAGCAGUAUGGGCUCAUUAAUGAAUGGCCCCAGCUUCACCUCCAAAGGAACAAAAUACUUCCAUUUCUUCAAUAUCAGUUUAUGUGGGCAUGAGGGGAAGAAGAUGGCUCUCUGUACCAACAAUAUAACAGACUUUACAGUAAAAGAAAUAGUGGCAGGGUCAGAUGAUUACACAAAUUUGGUAGGGGCAUUUGUAUGCCAGUCAACAAUUAUUCCUUCUGAAAGUAAGGGUUUCCGAGCAGCCUUAUCAUCACAAUCCAUCAUUCUGGCAGAUACAUUCUUAGGAGUGACAGUUGAAACCACAUUGCAAAAUAUUAAUAUAAAAGAAGAUAUGUUCCCGGUUCCAGCAAGCCAAAUACCAGAUGUGCAUUUCUUUUAUAAGUCUUCUACAGCGACAACAUCUUGUAUUAAUGGCCGAUCAACUGCUGUGAAAAUGAGGUGUAAUCCUACUAAAUCUGGAGCAGGAGUGAUUUCAGUCCCCAGCAAGUGCCCAGCAGGUACUUGUGAUGGGUGUACAUUCUAUUUCCUGUGGGAGAGUGCUGAAGCUUGCCCUCUGUGCACAGAGCAUGACUUCCAUGAGAUUGAGGGAGCCUGCAAGAGAGGAUUUCAGGAAACGUUAUAUGUGUGGAAUGAACCUAAAUGGUGCAUUAAAGGAAUUUCUUUGCCUGAGAAAAAGUUGGCAACCUGUGAAACGGUUGACUUUUGGCUGAAGGUGGGAGCCGGUGUGGGAGCUUUUACUGCCGUUUUGCUAGUGGCUCUGACCUGCUACUUCUGGAAAAAGAAUCAAAAACUGGAAUACAAAUAUUCCAAGUUAGUAAUGACGACUAACUCAAAAGAGUGUGAACUCCCGGCUGCAGACAGUUGUGCUAUUAUGGAAGGAGAAGAUAAUGAAGAGGAAGUUGUAUAUUCCAAUAAACAGUCACUACUAGGAAAACUCAAGUCUUUGGCAACCAAGGAAAAAGAAGACCAUUUUGAAUCUGUUCAACUGAAAACCUCAAGAUCCCCAAAUAUAUGAAGAGACAGUGCUGUAGCCUUGAGACUAAUGAACAAAGAAACCUGCUCUAGUUUUACAGGACCAUAUUUUAGGGUCUGUCCUCAUACCUGUCACAUUGGUGACCUCACAGAGGAGGGCCAUGCCGCUGAAAAGGGAAGGAGAUUGAAACAUUUGAUUGCCUUAUCACAUGGUCAAGUACCUUGCCAAAUAAAGGAAAGCAAAUGAUUUGGGUCUCAACUGAAGAUGAAGCUCAACUCAGGAAGAGAUUUAUCUGUAUAUACACAUAACUGAAAACCAAGUUUAAGCCCACCAAUGCACUGCUGAUGCAUGCCAUAUAAUUAAUGGGUAACUUUUAUUCUUUAUAAUGUCUAUAUAACAAGUGUGAUUUGGAGGGCACAUGUGAGCAUAUGCAUUAUGAUCCAAUUUAUGUUUUUUCUUUGUUUAUAUUUUGGGGGAAAUUAAAAAUUUUUUAAGGUAUAUUUUUCCCAUUAUUUAUUUUCCUGACCUUAAAACAGCUUUUCUACUAAAAAAUGGUGAGCAAUGAAGACAAUAAAUUUUUCAUUUUUCCAUAGGGUAUCUUCUCUUGAUUUAAAUUUCAGGAAGAGUUAUCAUGUGCUUGGGUUAUCUAGAUUUAUAAUUGCCUUUGAAAUUCCAUCCUUGUUGGAACUGGUAAGAAGGGCUUGACUGAAAGUUUGAAGGAAUCUAAAAAACAAAAAAGUAAGAAAGGUAAUGAGAAGCGCUAAUUCUCCAUUAAUGCAAACUAGCUGCUAGUAUCGUAGAAGUCGAAUGACUUAAAACAGUUUAUGUAGUGCUCGAAGUAUAAUUAAAGUAAAUAGGAAAGCUUGUCAAUCAAAUCACUGGCAAAAUCAUGAAGAAGAAAGUGAGAUGGUUUGUCUAUAAGUACAGAUGACUGUAUGAAAUACUGGGGUAAUUUCAUGGUCUCCAGAAAAUGUCAGUGGGACUUUUGCUCUUUGUCAAGCACCAGAGGUUAUAUGGUUAUUUUUCUGCUGCAAGACUUUGAGGAUGAUGACUUUCUUAGAAACUUAAAAAAAUCCAAUAAGGCAGGAAUUCAGUUUUGAAAAAUUACAUAUAAUUGUAUUCAUAAUAAGAAUGUGGCUAUUCCAUAAGCAGUUAUGAAAGAAUUAUUGUUCUUAUUCAAAAGUGAUCCAGAUAAUUGUGAUUUUUCUAUGGUGGGCUACUGGUAUUAGCACGACUUGGAUAUUAUUUGUUGAAGGAAGUAUGAAUGAAGUUGGAUUUGACCAAUUUUGUGUAAACCUUAAUUGAUUUAAAACUGAGAAAGAGUGGGGUUUCCUGGCCAUUGCUGAUCUAAGGUGCUCUUAUUUGUUUCCAAUAAACAGUAAUCUUUAUAGACCUUAAUGCAGAUUUUAAAAAAUAGUUGUGAUUGGCUGAGAGAGGCAGGGCAUAUAUGUAGGGAAAUGAUUUGCCCCAAGCAUUUCAAUGAAGUAUGACUUGUAACUUUUGUGUCUGAAGGUGGUGUCUUUAUUUUUGUGGAAAAUGGGAGAAAAAUGAAUAAUUGUGUUUAUUUGGCUGAUUGGUAAUACACUAGACCAUUCUGUUAUUAUUGAAUGAAUGUUUUGUGUAUAUCUCUGCUGUUGCACAUAUGAGUAUAGGUGAGGUUGUCAUUGUUUGCUGUGAUUCAGGGAGGGUGUCACUUUGCAUAAACCUUUUUUUUGCAUUUAAUUUCUUGAAUGUUCUUAUAAAGAAGACAUUAUGUUGGCAUUCUUCAUUUUGAUCCUGCCAACAGAGUGCUUAUGAGCAUUUCCGCAUUUUGAUCAAAAUUUAAACAGAAGAGUGAAAAUACAUUUGAAAUGAACCCUUUCAGAGGAACCCUGGCAAAGCUGUAUAGACUGGACAGAGUGAGAAAGCUUCCACAGUCACCUGUCACCUUUCUCCUCAUCUUCCACCGUGUUCAAUAUGUGUGUUCCAAGCCAUAGAGAUAAUUGGGAUUUGCUCCCAGGUAGCUUCUUUCUUCUCCUGUCACUGGGCUAAAAUCUCUGACAUGUCAAAAAUGCCUUAAAUUUUAAUGAACUCUCUGAAAAUGUAGUUGAUAUUGGAGAAUUUAUUUCUAAUUUUAGAUAUUAAAUAUAUUUUGUCAACACA